AUGGGCCGAAAUCCGCGGAGACGGCCAAGUGUGGGUGGAAAACGUAACCGCCCUGCCCCCAUUUUCUGGACUUGGGCAUUUUUGGUUGUCGGGAUUCUUCGUGUUUUAUUCCUCGCGCCCCGGGGGCCGGCCGUUUCGGCCAUCUGGGUGGCCCAGCGUGCUCCCCGGGCCCGGUUUGCCCGGGGCCCCGAAAACGAGAAUUUCAAAAUGUAA